AUGUCUAGCGAAACCUUCUACAAGACCCAACAGGACCUUCGCAAGCCCGAAUCCCAUGCUUCUCAUGCCGCCGGUGGAAACACACCUGCCAAUUCCAAUGUCUCUGCUAUGAAGUCCAUCGUCGAUGAGCACACAGACAAGGCCAAGGCCAUCGAAGAACGCAAGGCCAACCUGCCUUUGCCAGACCAGCCUCCCGUCGCCAGCGACUGGCAGUCUGCAGACCAGAGAGCUGUCAACGUCGGCUCCGGCGGCGUACAAGGAUCCGUCUCCGGCGAGAGUAACACCGCUCUAAGGGGGCCCGCUACUGCAGAAAGCAGCGCACGGAAGUCAGGAGAGGAAUUGCACAAGGAAACUCAGCCCACAGGCAAGGUUGGUCGCCAAGCCACGGAAGGACUUUCGGAUAUCCCGGGGGAUGCUAAGGCUCGGAAAUAA